AUGUGCACACGGUUUCUCUACACUGUCCUUCCUUCUGAGCUUUACUGGGGUGAUGAAACUUUGACCCACAUCAACCGCUUCUUUGCAGAGAAUCUCUUGGAGCUCUUUGAAAAUGGAAUUCUAGUAGAGACACGUGGAGGACAAGAGCGUGUAUACUUCUGCGUGCUUGGGGUGAAGGGAGACUGGCCCUACCUCCGUAAGGCCAUGGGUCUUAAUUGUGGCUACAACUGCACCCGGAAGUGCCACCUUUGCAAUGCAGAGGAAUGGUAUGAUAUGUCGACUACUGCACCUUGGAGGAGUGACACACCCGACGAAUGCCCAACCCCCUUCAAGGACCUGGGCUCUCCAUUCUUCAUCCUUCCAGGGUUGACCUCACCAACGAAGAUUUGCAUUGAUGCGGCACACACUUGGCAUAUAGGGUUACCAGGAUGCAGUGGGUUUACGAAGUUUAUAAUUUUGGAUUGA